GUGAGGCUCACAUCUCUUGGUCGUUAUGAGCUCUGACAUCCCCAUCAUCUCGUUGGACGACCCGCAACAAGGUCAGAAGCUGGCCGACGCCUUUGCGCGCUUCGGCUGCUGCUACCUCAUGGGUCACGGCAUCUCCGACGUGCUGUCCCAGCAGAUGAUGCAAAGCGCCGAGUCGUUCUGCGCUCUACCCGACGAGACCAAAGCUGCGAUCCCAGUGGUACAGAACGGCAAGGGAUUUACGCGCGGAUACAUUGGCGUGGGCAAGGAGAGCGGCAGUACCGAGCGUGUGGAGGUCAAGGAAGCUUUCUCGUACGGCUACGAGUGGCCCGAGAGCAAGAAGGAGGCGUUCGCUAACGGACUGCAGGGUCCCAAUGUCUGGCCCAAAGCCGACGACUGGCCCGUCAGCAACCGUGAAGUACUCAACGAGUUCUUCAAGAAGAUGACGGCGGCGUCGCGUGCCGUGGCACGGAAUCUGUCGCAAAGUCUGUACGGGUCUGCAGAUUUCUUGGACAACUAUUGCCAUCAAGGCGAGACCAUCUCCCUCAUGCGCAUGUUCCACUAUUUCCCGUACGAACGGUACGCAGGCUUGACUGGAGGGAAGGGCGCUCUACCAGCGAAUUUCCACGAGUUUAUCGGCUCGAGUCCACACACGGACUGGGGAUAUCUUACGCUCAUUAUGCAAGACCCUGUCGGUGGCUUACAAGUCUUCCAUGACGAGAAGUGGGUGGACGUGCCCUACAUCCCCGGUACGCUUGUAGCCAAUGCUGGAGACUACCUGUCACUCGUGACCGGUGGGAAAUGCCUAUCACCUGUGCAUCGAGUCGUGGCUGACAAGCGCGAACGCUACUCGCUUGUGUUCUUCUACUACCCCGACUUUGAUGCUGUUAUUCCGUCAGUCGACGACGUGAACGAGCUGCGGAUCGGAGGUGAUGCGAGAAGUGCGAGAGAUAGCAAGCCGUUCAACAACUUCAAUAACUUGCUCGACGGAACGGUGCGCAAAAUUGACGGGUGCUUUGGCGAGUACAUCAUGGAUAAGUGGGCUGGAGUGCAGCGCUAACUUCCAAGAUAGCUGCGUUGCAGCGUCAACAAGCCUGAAAAUAUAUGGCUAGUUGUAGGAUGAAUUCCAGCGAACUGC